GCGAAAGUUAGGGCCGUGCAGAUGCAGGCUCAGGUUGCCAGUAUGGCUGCUAGAGCGCCACAUUAUGCUUCUUGAAUGAUUAAUGGCGUUUGUGCUACAUUUUGUGACAAUUCGAGGGAUAUUGUAAGAGAUAUAGUUUAAGGUCAACCUUGCAUGGAAUUUCAUGGAGAUACAGCAUAUAAACAAAAUUGCAAAGAAAGAUUAGAUUUCAGGUUGAAUAUUGCCAUUAGAGUUGACAUACCUGAAUCAUGGAAGUCAAGUGUGUGAAUAAAAUCCUGGGGUUCUGUAUGGUGAGGACCUUAACGCUGGUUGCUUGCUUGGUAGCUUUCCCAACUGUAAUCAUGCUCUCUGUGAGUUAUCAAGUUCACGUGUUCAAUCUACUUGAGGGAUUUGAUAAAGUCAAGAUCCUGGGAGGAAUAGCUCAAAAUUUUGCUCAAUUUUAUGUUGGCAUUUCUCAUGACAAGCUGCUUGGUGGACUACUAGCUUCAGGAUUUGAUGAAGAAUCCUGCUUAUGCAGAUACCAGUCUGUCCUAUACCGCAAACCUUCCACUAAAAAGCCCUCUUCUUACCUCCUUUCCAAACUACGUGAUUAUGAAAAACUUCAUAAGCGCUGUGGACCUUACACGAAGUCUUAUAACAGAACACUCAAUUUGCUUGAUUCCAGGAAGAUUUCUAGUCCAUCCGAGUGCAAUUACAUGGUCUGGAAAGCUCAAGCAGGAUUGGGGAACAGGAUAUUAACCAUGACUUCAGCAUUUCUCUAUGCUUACCUUACAAAUAGAUUUUUGCUUGUUGAACAUGAAUCUGACGUGGUUGAUCUCUUCUGCGAGCCAUUUCCAAAUGCAUCAUGGUUAUUGCCUCUGGACUUUCCUUUGAAGAAAGAAUUCACAAAAUUGAAUCAGGCAUACCCACGUACUUACGGGAACACGCUAAAGAACAACAUUAUUAGUCCCUCAACUGACUUGCCACCAUCAUUUGUCUAUCUUUUUCUAGCUUUCAGGAAUGAUCAUUAUGAUAAGCUAUUUUACUGUGAAGCGCACCAAGCUUUUCUUAAAAAAAUCCCUUGGUUGAUUCUGAAAUCGGAUGAAUACUUCAUUCCAUCUUUCUUCCUGAUCCCUUUCGAGCAAGAGCUAGACAAGAUGUUCCCUGACAAAGAAACUGUUUUUCACCACUUGGGUAGGUAUCUUUUCCACCCUUCAAAUCAGGCAUGGCGACUCAUCACUAGCUUCUAUCGCUCUAAUUUAGCCAAGGCUGACGAAAGAAUUAGUUUGCAAAUACGCCUAUUUGAUACUGAAGCUACUUCAUUCCAAAUUGUGAUGGAUCAAAUUUUAGCUUGUAUUUUAAAGGAGAACCUGCUGCCAGAAGUAGAUAAAGAAAGGUUCCUAGCAUCCCCAUCUAAGAACCAGACAUCAAAAGCUUUACUAAUAACGUCUCUUUAUCCAGAAUUCUAUGUGAAUAUAAGGAACAUGUACUGGACAUUUCCAACCAUUUCUGGAGAGGUAAUUUGGGUUUAUCAGCCAAGCCAUGAGCAGCAUAAAAAAUUUGGGGAUAAUUUACGCAAUUUGAAAGCUUGGGUUGAAAUAAACCUCUUGAGUAUGAGUGAUGUGUUGGUGACAAGCACUUGGUCAACCUUUGGCUAUGUAGCUCAAGGGCUUGGAGGCUUGAAGCCAUGGAUUCUUUACAAGCCUGAGAACCGGACGACCCCUAAUCCAGCUUUUUGUCAAGCCAUGUCAAUGGAACCUUGUUUCCAUUUACCACCCACUGAGGGCAAAUGA